AUGUGCGGAUCCGUCCGCGUUUCGUCGCGAUGCUCUCCCCAGCCGCCCCGGAGCGUCGCGAUGCUCUCCUCGGACGACCCAGAGCGUCGCGAUGCUCUCCCCGGACGCCCCGGAGCGUCGCAAUGCUCUCCUCGGACGCCCCGGAGCGUCGCGAUGCUGUCCUCGGACGCCCCAGAGCGUCGCUAUGCUCUCCCCGGACGCCCCAGAGCGUCGCGAUGCUCUCCCCAGCCGCCCCGGAGCGUCGCGAUGCUCUCCCCGGACGCCCCGGAGCGUCACGAUGCUCUCCCCGGACGCCCCAGAGCGUCGCGAUGCUCUCCCCGGACGCCCCAUAGCGUCGUGAUGCUCUCCCCGGACGCCCGGAGCGUCGCGAUGCUCUCCCCGGACCCCCCAGAGCGUCGCGAUGCUCUCCCUGGCCGCCCCGGAGCGUCGCGAUGCUCUCCCCGGACGCCCCAGAGCGUCUCGAUGCUCUCCCUAGCCGCCCCAGAGCGUCGCGAUGCCCUACUCCGACGACCCAGAGCGUCGCGAUCAUCUCCCCGGACGCCCCAGAGCGUCGCGAUGCUCUCCCCGGCCGCCCCGAAGCGUCACGAUGCUCUCCCCGGACGCCCCAGAGCGUCGCAAUGCUCUCCCCGGACGCCCCAGAGAAUCGCGAUGCUCUACCCAGCCGCCCCUAAGCGUCGCGAUGCUCUCCCCAGCCGCCCCAAAGCGUUGCGAUGCUCUCUCCGGACGCCCCAGAGCGUCGCGAUGCUCUCCCCGGACGCCCCGGAGCGUCGCGAUGCUCUCCCUGGAUGCCCCGGAGCGUCGCGAUGCUCUCUUUGGCCGCCCCAGAGCAACGCGAUGCUGUCUACGGACGCCCCAGAGCGUCGCGAUGCUCUCCCCGAACGCCCCGGAGCAUUGCGAUGCUCUCCCCAGCCGUCCCGGAGCAUCGCUAUGCUCUCUUUGGCCGCCCCAGAGCGUCGCGAUGCUCUCCCCGGACGCCCCAGAGCGUCACGAUGCUCUCCCCAGCCGCACCGGAGCGUCGCGAUGCUCUCCCCGGCCGCCCCAGCGCGUGGCGAUGCUCUCCCCGGACACCCCGGAACGUCGCGACGCUCUCCUCGGACGCCCCAGAGCGUCGCGAUGCUCUCCCCGGACGCCCCAGAGCGUCGCGAUGCUCUCCCCGGCCGCCCCGGAGCGUCGCGAUGCUCUCCCCAGCCGCCCCGGAGCGUCGCGAUGCUCUCCCCGGACGACCCGGAGCAUCGCGAUGCUCUCCCCGGACGCCCCAGAGCGUCGCGAUGCUCUCCCCGAACGCCCCGGAGCGUCGUGAUGCUCUCCCCGGACGCCCGGAGCGUCGCGAUGCUCUCCCCGGCCGCCCCAGCGCGCGGCGAUGCUCUCCCCGGACACCCCGGAGCGUCGCGACGCUCUCCUCGGACGCCCCAGAGCGUCGCGAUGCUCUCCCCGGACGCCCCAGAGCGUCGCGAUGCUCUCCCCGGCCGCCCCGGAGCGUCGCGAUGCUCUCCCCAGCCGCCCCGGAGCGUCGCGAUGCUCUCCACGAACGACCCGGAGCAUCGCGAUGCUCUCCCCGGACGCCCCAGAGAGUCGCGAUGCUCUCCCCGAACGCCCCGGAGCGUCGUGAUGCUCUACCCGGACGCCCGGAGCGUCGCGAUGCUCUCUCCGGACGCCCCAGAGCGUCGCCAUGCUCUCCCCAGCCGCCCCGGAGCGACGCGAUGCUCUCCCCAGCCGCCCCGGAGCGUCACGAUGCUCUCCCCGGACGCCCCGGAGCGUCGCGAUGCUCUCCCCGGACGCCCCGGAGCGACGCGAUGCUCUCCCCGGACGCCCCGGAGCGUCGCGAUGCUCUCCCCGAACGCCGCGGAGCGUCGCGAUGCUCUCCCCGGACGCCCCAGAGCGUCGCGAUGCUCUCCCCGGACGCCCCAGAGUGUUGCGAUGCUCUCCCCGGCCGCCUUGGAGCGUCGCGAUGCUCUCCCCAGCCGCCCCAGAGCGUCGCGAUGCUCUCCCCGGACGCCCCAGAGCGUCGCGAUGCUCUCCCCGGACGCCCGGGAGCGUUGCGAUGCUCUCCCCGGACGCCCCGGAACGUUGCGAUGCUCUCUUGGGCCGCCUCAGAGCGUCGCGAUGCUCUCCCCGGACGCCCCAAAGCGUCGCGAUGCUCUCCCCGGACGCCCCAGAGCGUCGCGAUGCUCUCCCCGGACGCCCCAGAGCGUCGCGAUGCUCUCCCCGGACGCCCCAGAGCGUCGCGAUGCUCUCCCCGAACGCCCUGGAGCGUCGCGAUGCUCUCCCUGGCCGCCCCGGAGCGUCGCGAUGCUCUCCCCGGACUCCCCAGAGCGUCGCGAUGCUCUCCCCGGACGCCCCAGAGCGUCGCGAUGCUCUCCCCGGACGCCCCAGAGCGUCGCGAUGCUCUCCCCGAACGCCCUGGAGCGUCGCGAUGCUCUCCCUGGCCGCCCCGGAGCGUCGCGAUGCUCUCCCCGGACUCCCCAGAGCGUCGCGAUGCUCUCCCCGGACGCCACGGAGCGUCGCGAUGCUCUCCCCGGACGCCCCGGAGCGACGCGAUGCUCUCCCCGGACGCCCCGGAGCGUCGCGAUGCUCUCCCCGAACGCCGCGGAGCGUCGCGAUGCUCUCCCCGGACGCCCCAGAGCGUCGCGAUGCUCUCCCCGGACGCCCCAGAGUGUUGCGAUGCUCUCCCCGGCCGCCUUGGAGCGUCACGAUGCUCUCCCCAGCCGCCCCGGAGCGUCGCGAUGCUCUCCCCGGACGCCCCAGAGCGUCGCGAUGCUCUCCCCGGACGCCCGGGAGCGUUGCGAUGCUCUCCCCGGACGCCCCGGAACAGCGUCGCGAUGCUCUCCCCGGACGCCCCAGAGCGUCGCGAUGCUCUCCCCGGACGCCCCAGAGCGUCGCGAUGCUCUCCCCGAACGCCCUGGAGCGUCGCGAUGCUCUCCCUGGCCGCCCCGGAGCGUCGCGAUGCUCUCCCCGGACUCCCCAGAGCGUCGCGAUGCUCUCCCCGGACGCCACGGAGCGUUGCGAUGCUCUCCCCGGACGCCCCGGAGCGUCGCGAUGCUCUCUUGGGCCGCCCCAGAGCGUCGCGAUGCUCUCCCCGGACGCCCCAGAGCGUCGCGAUGCUCUCCCCGGACGCCCCAGAGCAUCGCGAUGCUCUCCCCGGACGCCCCAGAGCGUCGCGAUGCUCUCCGCAGCCGCCCCAUAGCGUCGCGAUGCUCACCCCAUCCGCCCCGGAGCGUCGCGAUGCUCUCCCCGGACGCCCUGGAGCGUCGCGAUGCUCUCCCCGGACGCCCUGGACCGUCGCGAUGCUCUCCCCAGCCGCCCCGGAGCGUCCCGAUGCUCUCCCCGGACGCCCCAUAG